CCCCUUUUAUAACCUCAAAAAUGCGCGAGAUGUAUCACAGUUUUGUGGCGAAGUGAGCUUAUUUUUGCCACAAUUCUUUGUUAAAGUGAACGGAAAAGCAAUAUGCCGUCGAAAAAGAGAAAAUACAAUGCACGGUUCCCGGCUGGACGGAUCAAAAAGAUAAUGCAAACUGACGAAGAAGUGGGGAAAGUUGCCCAAGCCGUACCCAUCAUAAUUUCUCGCACGCUAGAGCUCUUCGUAGAGUCGCUACUGAGCAAGGCGUUGCAGGUCACGUUGGCUCGGAAUGCGAAGACACUCAGUCCCUCACAUGUGAAGCAAUGCAUUCUGGCUGAGUCCAGGUUCGAUUUCCUACGAGAUUUGGUGAAAAACAUCCCCGACGUUUCGGCGGCUGAAGAGAAAGAGAUGCAGAUGAGUGCCGAGAGCUCACCGAAUUCCUCCAGGCAUUCGGAUAUGUCAGUGCCACCGCGUAGAAUAGUAAGAGAGGACUCCAACAGUUCCAGUAGCUCCGAAAUAAGAGGUCCUAGAGAGAACCUGAAGCGGGAUCUUUCUGCCGAAACAGAACCAAGACCACGAACAGAAACUAUUACCUCCAUGACGUCAACUUUACCUAUGCCAUCAGCGACUUUACCUACGACGUCAGCAAACUUACCUGUCGCGUCAACAACUUUACCAAUACCCUCAUUGUUACCUUUAUCAACAGCAUUGCCUACAGGAUCAGUGUUAUGUUCACCGCCAGCAUUACCUCUCGCGUCAAGAUUGCCUCACUCAUUAAUAACGGUAACGUCAAACGAUGCCGCCAUUGACUUGACAACAAAGCGAGAGGACAAACCUGUACGGACGGCUAAUUUUUACCAAGAGACUUUAGUAGUAGACCAAGUACAACAUAAAAGUGUCAUUAAGGUUAAUCCAACAUACAGUAGUCCGCAACCUUCGACAUCUAAUUUCGCGACACCAACCACAAGUUACGCGAACUUGACACCUGUUGAGACUGUACAAAGAAUAGACGUGCCAAAGCCCGAUAUAAAACCCCUUUUCUAUUUAGACGUAAGUCAAAACAAUAAUAUAACCAAAAUGCAAACUCCACGCACCCCAGUCACUCCGAUACUAAAUAUAGAUUUCUCAAAAAAUUUGGAUAAACCUGAAAUCAAGGUUUUAGAUACAGCAGUCGCAAAUAUAGUGGGUGUUAAGGAAAAGAAAUUGCAAAGGCAAAAUUCUAAACCUAUGAAAGACAGUAAAAAGGAGAAACCGACUCCGCCAGUCGAUAUAGAUCAUAUCAAUUCCGGUAAUCUACAAAUUGACGAAGAUUACGACACGUGAAUGUCUGCAGUGUGAAAUUUUAACAUUUGUUGCUUACAGCCAAUGUAAGAUGAUCCUUGACACAUGUGUUGUCGCAAAUAAUUUACUACCAACAAUGGUGUUGGUUAUGUUGCAUAUUAAAAUUUCAAUUCAAUGGUUGCUACCAUUUUCGAACGAAAAAAGCGUAAUCAGCUAAACAUGCGAACACACAUCCGAACUGACGUUAAGAAAUGCCACAACAUCGAUCGAAGAUACCUGUGUAUGGUUACCUAACAGAAGUUUGAAAUGACAUUUUCCAGAAAUAACGUUUGCUUGAUUUUUCAUAACCUCGAAAGUAAUUUUGAGAGGAAAAUGCUGACUUAACCUAACCUAACCGAACCUAAUCGUGUCUUUGCGAUAAACAUCCG